AUGUUUCACAUUCUGAUAUUGUCAAUUAUUAAUUACGUUUAUUCGCAACCAGCUAUUCCACCUCCUGAAAGGCCAGAGUGCUCAGCCGGAUGGCAAUCUCCGGACUUGACGUAUGUACCUUCCAUCAAUCAAUGUAACGACUAUACCCCAGGAGUUGGAAUUUCCUGUCAGCCAAAUAAUCCAUUCACUUGUACUGGCAGGAAUCCGUUUUGCGCAACUGCCGGAGAUCGAACGUUUAAAUGUUGCAGUGAUAUUAUUCAAGAUUCUGAUGAAAUUGGCAAUCUAACCGACACACAAAUAAAACCAAUUUGUCCGGCUGGUGCAAUUCCAUAUAAAAUGCCACAUGUCCUCUUAUGCGAUCCAUCCAUUGUGAACAUGUGUCCAUAUGAUUAUAAAUGUGUUGAAGCUGCAAAUGGUCAUCUUCUGCCCCCGGAUGGUCGAUCGCUUUGUUGUAAAACGUCAACUUUAUAUUCAUUCGCAUCCGUAUUUGGCGAAGCCAAAAUAACACCACGCAUCGUGCCAAAUCCCCCGCUCUCCGCCAUUGAAUAUGUCACGUUGAAUGUGCACACUUCCGCAAAACAACACGCUCCUGAAAUUCGAAUUGGCGAUCAUUUUGUAUUAACUCCAUACAAAUUAUAUGAACCGGCGUAUUUGAAAAAAGUCAAAUUGUUCGCUGAUUUUGGACAUGGAUCAUAUGUCCAUGUUUUAUUAUUUGAUCCCUUGACUCCUACAGAAACAAUGCAACUUUAUUAUGAUAGACCCACAUCCAAUGGAAAAAUGGUGAAUUUAGAUGAGCCAAUUCCAGAUGGAGGAUUCAUUUCAAAAAAGAUUUUCAAUGCAGCUCCAAUUACAAACAUCGAAAAUCCACAAAGACCUGGUCCAAUUAAAGAAUAUCGCAAACUGUGGAUAGUUCUUGUUUUCAAGACCGUCAAUCCAUUGACACGACUGUACAUUCUUUCGAGUAAAGACUUACACAAAAACUAUAAAUCGGUAACUGAUUUCUUGAAGUCGGACACUGGAAAUAUGCUUGGCACACCUGUUGCAGGAACGUACUUUUAUUUGUCUUCGACGCGGUUGCCGCUUCUCCUUCUCCUGUUGCGAGUUACGCUCAGUCUUCUUCUUCGUCUUCUACUUCUUCUUCUUCUUCUUCUCGCCGUCCUUGUUCCGCUGCUGCCACUGCUAGUUGCGGUGUGGAGCUUCAGAGUCGGCCACGCCUCCACAUUCUUAGCCGUUGGCGGCAUUUCUCACUGUCAAGCUGGAUUCAUGAAUAAAACGGUGAAGCUUCUGCUCAUCCUGGGCACAGUAUUUCUUAAAUUCCAUUGUGACGAAGUUGAGGAUGUCCUUACAAACACGAAAGUUGCGGAAUUAAAAGAAAAUGUUACAGAAACUCCAAAACAAGAAUCAACGGACCCACAAGGAGAAGAUGAGGAUCGACUUGUGAUUGAUCUAUUUCGUGAUUACAAUUUCCUUAUAAGACCUGUUCGAAAUGUUAGCAGCCCACCGGUUGUUGUGGAUUUUGGUGUCGCAAUGAUUCUUCUCAUCAAUGUGGACGAAAAAAACCAAAUACUACAAACGAAUGUUUGGCUAACAAUGAAAUGGAAUGAUUUUCAAUUAUCUUGGAAUCCGGAGGAUUAUGGAAACAUUUCGAAUCUUCACGUGCCUUCUGACCGGGUUUGGCUUCCUGACAUUGUCCUUUUCAACAACGCUGAUGGGAACUACGAGGUUUCAUUUAAGUCAAAUGUCUUCGUUGAUCAUUACGGCGACGUGACGUGGGUUCCGCCGGCAAUGUUCAAAAGCAGUUGCAGAAUUGAUGUUGAAUGGUUCCCUUUUGACGAGCAAUGCUGCACACUAGUGUUUGGCUCAUGGACUUAUAAUUCCGAGGAAGUGCGCUUGCAUUGGUAUAAUAAUAUACAAGCGGUACAACUUCAUGAUUACUCGUACUCAGGAAUCUGGGACGUUAUUGAUGUUCCUGGCCAGCUUAUUCAUCGCCCUCUGACCAAAGAAAAUAAAAUAGUGUUUAACGUAGUUAUACGGAGGAAAACAUUAUUUUACACCGUUAUUCUAAUUAUUCCAACUGUGCUUAUGGCAUUUCUAUCAGUUAUGGCAUUUUAUCUGCCAGUUGAUUCCGGAGAGAAAGCAUCACUCACAAUUUCUUUACUUCUCGCUCUUGUUGUGUUUCUUUUGCUCGUAUCAAAGAUUCUACCACCAACAUCAAACAUUCCUCUAAUGGGAAAAUAUCUUCUUUUAGCCUUUGUUUUGAAUAUCAUGGCUGUUGUGGCAACCGUUGUUAUUGUAAAUAUAUAUUUCCGCAGUGCGCUUUCUCACAAAAUGCCAACUUGGGUUCGUGUGUUGUUUCUAGAAUUUCUACCUCAUCUCCUCGUGAUGAAAAGACCCGAGCGUAUUCCAAUUUUUAAUGGAUAUUUCGUUGAAGAAUAUUGCGCCUCAGAAAUUUUCGAUGCUAGUCUUGUAAUGCCAUCCAUGACGGCAACAAUGCUUCCAUUCCUUCAAGUUCAAACAGCUAUUGAUGAAACAACAUCUUCAAAAGCCAACGCAAAUCCUGAAUCUGCAGGACAUCAUGAAAAUUGCACAAAAUGGAAGAAACGGUUAUCAAUUCGAAUGUCACGGCGACGAGCUCCAAAGGCAACCAUUGAUGAUGAUUUGGAAGACAUCGUUGACGAUUCAAAUGGAAAUCAUAUUUCAGUUAAUGAGAAAAUUAGCAAAGAAAUGAAAACAACUAUAGAAGCAAUUGCUUACAUUGCAGAACAUAUGAAAAGGGAAAUGAGUUUGAAAAAAAUGAGAGAUGACUGGAAGUACGUGGCAAUGGUCUUAGACCGUUUACUUUUACUUAUUUUCUUUGGAGUAACAUUAGGCGGAACUUUAGGAAUUAUUUGCUCAGCUCCUCAUGUUUUCGAUUUCAUCGAUCAAGAAAGAAUUAUCGAGGAAUUGAAAGCGAAAUAUCUACCACCGGAAAUGUAUUCAUAA